AUUAAUUAGAAUCAGUCUUGUUGGUUUUGUGUUUAUGUCUCAAAUGCCGAGUAAAUGUUGUUCUAAAAUCCAUCCGAAACAUUGAUUCACUUAUAGGGACAGCUAGUUAGCUAAUUCAGAACACCAUGAACCUCAGGUUAAACUGCCUCUUGGCAGUAACAUUAUUAUUCAUGAGUGCAGCUAUAGCCGAAGAUGAUAUCGAAGAUACUGAAGAUGGAAUAAGAGUAGAAGUACCUCCAGAAGAUGAUAUUUUGUAUACAAGUCCAGAGAUCCCUCCACCAGAUCAGACUCAUGUUUACUUUGCAGAGCACUUUGAUAUACCUGAAGCGUUCAACAAGAAAUGGGUGAAAUCCCAGGCUAAAAAAGAUGGAAUGGAGGAAGAGAUUGCCAAAUAUGAUGGUGAAUGGGCAGUUGAGAACCCAGUUAAAGAUGGACUUAAGGGUGAUUUGGGUAUGGUCUUGAAAACUAAGGCCAAACAUGCUGCUAUUUCUGCCAGAACUAAACCAAUUCACUUUAAUGAUGAACCAAUCAUUGUCCAGUAUGAGGUGGUCCUCCAGGAGGGGCAGGAAUGUGGUGGUGCCUACUUGAAGCUGUUGAGUGAAGAUUUUGAUUUAAAACAAUUCACAGACAAGUCUCCAUAUGCUGUUAUGUUUGGGCCUGAUAAGUGUGGUAAUGAUUACAAGUUGCAUUUCAUAUUCAAGCACAAGAAUCCAUUGAAUGGCACAGUUGAGGAAAAGCACUGUCAAAAACCCAAAGAAAGGUUGGAGGAAAUUUAUGAUGACAAACUGCCGCAUUUGUACACAUUGAUUAUGAAUCCAGAUAAUACAUUUGAGAUUAGGAUUGAUAAUAAGGUUGUCAAUUCUGGAAGCUUGUUAGAAGACUUUGCGCCACCAGUGAAUCCCCCGGCGGAAAUCGAAGAUCCUACCGACGUCAAACCCGACGAUUGGGACGAACGCGAGAAGAUCCCAGAUCCGGAUGCGGUGAAACCGGAUGAUUGGGACGAAGAUGCACCGGCGCAGAUCGUGGACGAGACAGCAGUCGUUCCAGACGGUUGGUUAGAGAACGAGCCCACUCAUAUUCCUGAUCCGGAGGCUAAGAAGCCCGUGGAUUGGGACACCGACAUGGAUGGCGAAUGGGAACCGCCACUGAUCGAAAACCCGGCUUGCGAGAACGCCGCAGGUUGUGGACCGUGGGAACCACCUCUAGUCAACAAUCCUAAGUUCAAGGGCAAGUGGCGGCCGCCGUACAUCGACAAUCCCAACUACAAGGGUAAAUGGAGGCCCAGGCUGAUUCCCAAUCCUGAUUACUUCGAAGACAAACAUCCAUUUAAACUUCCCACUGUGCAUGCCAUAGGUUUCGAAUUGUGGUCCAUGUCCAAAAAUAUUCUUUUCGACAAUAUAAUCAUCACCAACAAAGUGCAUGUCGCUGAAUAUUGGGCCACACAAACUUUCGCUAAGAAGAGACUAAAGAUUGCCCAAGAAUCAGAGAGCUUCAUCCAGAAGUUGGCGAACUUCACUAACGAGUAUCCACUAAUGUGGGGCCUUUACAUUGUAGUACUUGGUAUACCAGUUGCCCUUAUGUUGUUCCUUUGCUUUAGGCCUAGUUCAGCUAGUCAAAAGGAAAAAGAAGAAAUCAAUCUGUUAGCAGAGAAGAAAAAGACUGAUGAAGUGACUGAAGAUAAUGCUGAAGGUGUUGAAGAUCGUGUUGAAGAUGAGGAGGAUGAUGAAGAUGCUGAGAAAAAUUCCGAGCCAGACAGCGAAGAAGAUAACGAUGCUGUUGAUGAUAAUGUACCUGAUAAAAGCGCGGGAGAAGGCACUAGGAAGAGGAAACUCCGUAAGGAUUGAACGAUGUUUUGAAUUUAGAACUAGUUGUAAUCAAUUCUUAAGAUUUUUUACCUUUGAAAUUGGUUUAAUUUUGUUUUGUUAAGAGUUUAUUAUUUAUUUAUUGCGUUACGUGAAUCCAUCGAUGGUAUUAUGUUAAUAUUUAAAUAAUUCCGGAUCAAAAAGUAGCUGUACACCUUUUUCGAAUAACUGAUUCACAGUCUUGUGUUCUAGGAGGAAGUGUAAAUAAUUAUUUAUCUGUAGUACUGUUUUAGUGAUCUUACGUAAGUUUUUUAAAAUUUAUACUCAGGACCAAAGUAUGCUUUGUUCUGGAAGUAAUACAAUAAAAAGCGUAAAACAAUA